ACCUAGCGUGAACAUCUUUUAUUACAAUCCUCAAAGUAGUCCAAUGAAUCACGUUUUUGUAAGUAAGUGGAUCGCAUACAAUACACAACACGUUUUGUGUAAAAACCGUGUAAACGUAACUAAUUACCUAGUCAAUUGUUUACUGUUCUGUAUUUUCAUAGAACAAACUUAUGUAUACCGCGAAAUUUAGAUACAAGCAUGAUUAAAUAGCAAGGACAUUUGCUUCUGUUGCAUUUAGCUUCGAUAUUGCCCCCGUAUCUUAUCGAUAUCGUUGAAAACUUUCAAUGCACACCUCAUAUAUACCGUAUCGUUUCGGAAAGAAACUACGUGCGCUUUGGUAGGUACGAAAGAGAAAGUUUUGCGUUAUCGCUCAGCCUUACGAGAAAUUUAUUGAUGGCUAUUACAUUCAAUUGUUUAUCUACCUGAUAAUGUCACGCUAACGCGUACGAAAAAGUGUUUAUUUUCGACUCGUUCAAUGUUGUAUCCAGUUGUAUUAGUCGUAAAGCAAAAGAAUUGAAAAUGAUGCAUGACUAUUUUCACAUUGACCUCAGUCCGACUUAUAGUAAUAGGUUUUUCGAAAGUGCUACGCCAAAAUUUUCGGAAAAAUCGAAAUCGACCACAAGUGUGAAACAAUUUUCAACAACGUCUUCUUUUCCAAAUAAAAAACAAGUGACGCGUAAUUGCAGUUUUGUUGUUGGACAAAAAUUGCGCGAAUCUAAAUGGUUCACCCAUGAAGAAGUCAGAAUAUUUUCGGCAGUUGUAGAAACAGGUUUUAUAGUGCAAACGAAAAAUGAAAAGGCCCAAAUCACAUGGGGAAUUGCGGCUUGGACACCAGGAUAUGAGAAAAGUAAAAACCCGGAAUAUGUAUCGAUUUAUUUCCUAGUGGAACAUAAGGGUUCCUAUAAGGUUACUUCCAAAAGCUUGUUAAACUUUUGGCAACCGGGUUCGGUGAUAAAAAUUAAUAAUUACAAUGACAAAGAGGAAAAAACAAAUUGUGAGGAAACCAUUAGAAAUAAAAUCUCUUAUGCGAUGAAAAAUAAACUUAAAUGGCACAACACUGAGCAUUUCGUGUAUUGGUGUCGUUAUCUUCAACCAAAAAAUGAUAGGACAAAACCAGCUAGUGAUGACUUAAAAUGGUUCAGCUCAAAAGUAAACAUGGGUUUACUAUUGCUAAGGGGAAAAAGAAAUAAAUCAGCUUCAGAAUAAAUUACAAACAUCAAUUAGCAUUUGUAAGGGCUGUGAUUUAUUGUAAUAGUGUUUAUACAAAGUACUGUUAAAGAUGUAUGUACGUAAGUCAUUCAGGCGAUGACCAGGGGUGAAGUCCCCCCUCCUACUCGAAAACUGUUAUUAUCAAUGAAAUAUUGAUGAGAAAAAAGUACGAUUAACUAAGUGAGUGCUUGCGUGAGUUACCCUUUAUCCCAAUAAUUUGGGCGACGCUUAUACGUAAGUGUAAAAGUUGUUGAGCGAAGCUAACCAAAAAUUUUACGAUCAUCAACUGCAAAUUUUUCGUAGUGACCAACGUUAUUAAAAAUGUUUGAGCCUUGAAGUAUUCGCGUUUUUUUUUUAUUUAUAAAUUAUCUUACCACUGCAUCAGUAAUAAUAAUUCGUUUAAUUUAAAGACUGAUCAUAAAGCAAAUGUAAUUAUUUCAACACACGAAGGACUGUAAUUAAGGAAACACGUAAAAGUACUUGCAAUAAGCAAAUAUUGUAUUCUAACGAUAAGAACAAUUUAUUAUAUUUAUAACUGUUAUGUUAUAAAACUCCAUAAUUAGAAUAACUUCAUUAAUAAUUUCUAAACUUAUUAGAUUAUACUUGGCAGUAAGCAAAUAAUUAUGUUUUUAUUAAUAUUUACAGAUAUGUACCUAACGUUGUAAAAAAUUAAUAGAUACUGAUAUUUC